AUGAAGACAAGAGAUACAUAUGAAGUAUGUUUAACAUGGAAAAGUGGAUAUCCAGAGUUAGAAAGCAACAAAGAAUUAACCACUAAACGCUUGAUGUCAAUUACAAAAAAUCCUAUUCGAUCACGACAUUUAAGCGAAUAUGAUGAUGUGUUUAAUGAAUGGAUUCGAGAGGGAAUUAUCGAAAUUGUAGAUGAAGAUAAGAAUAAAGGACACUAUUUAAAUCCUCAUCCUGUAAUAAAGACUGGAGAUACAACUACAAAGAUUCGCCUAGUUUUCGAUGCCUCAGCAAAAGACUCUAAAGGAAAUUGCUUGAACAAUUAUUUAGAAAAGGGUCCAAAUUUAUUAGAAUUAGUACCAAAAUUGUUAAGGCAAUUUCGUAAAAAUGCUAUUGGAAUAACAUCAGAUAUUAAAAAGGCCUUCUUACAAUUCAGCCUGAACCCAAAGGAUAUAGAUUAUUUUAAAUUUUUAUGGUGGAAAGAUUUUUCAAGACAAGAAGAAUUGAUCAUCCUGAGACAUUGCCGAGUGGUAUUUGGUGCUUCUCCUAGCUCAUUUUUAACUGAGGCAACGACAGCUCAUCAUCUAGAGAAUUUUCCAGAUGUUAGGAAGGAAACAGCUCGUCAACUUCAAAAAUCUUUUUAUGUAAAUAAUUGCAUAACUAGAAACUAG